AUGGAAGAAGAUAAUAAUUUUCGUGUAGAGUUGUUGGAAUGUGCUAAACUCUUGAAUCUACCAAAUGAAGAUUAUUUUUAUGUGCCAAAGAAUGAAAAGGAAUCUAUUUUACUUGUAGUUCCUGAUAGUAAAAUACCUAUAAGACAUCAAUUAUUAGAAAAGUGGAGUUUAAAUGAUUUGGACGCGAACAUUUUUUUUACAGAAGUAUUAAAUGACCUUAAUAUUCAGGAUCUAGACUUAUGUUGUGACAUUUAUGAAGAUGUAGCUACUCGUGAAUCUUAUUUUAUGGAAGAACCGUUACUUCCUAUUCAUAUACUAAAGGAUAAUGAAUUCAAAUUAUAUACAAUACCAACUUUAAAACAAUUAUCAAACCAAUUACCGACCACGGAUAUUUCUCCAGAACCUUUCAUAAAAAGUGAAAUACAGCAAUUUACAUUAGAUGAUUUGUG